AUGGCGGCGCGGCCCGAGCCCUUCGCACCGCCGCCGCGGUCCAGCGCCAUGGGCUGCAGCGGAAGUCGCUCGGACUUGGUGAAGCCGCAGGAUUUGCUGACGGAAGCUUCGGAGGCUCGAACAGAGGAGAGGAGUCCCUUGAAGCCCUUGGCGUCGGCGUCGGCGUCCGCGGAGCCUGCGGAGCCGGCCUUGCCGGGCGAGGCGGAGCCCAUCAUCGAAUUGGUGAAGGAAACCAAGGAAGAUGACGAAGCCAAGGAGGUAACUGAAGCUGCCACCAUGGAAACUGUGGCGAAGGAAGAUCAGGAGGAUCCUACAGCCCAGACUGCUCCAGAACCGUUGGAGGAAGUCGAGGCAGAACCAGAGGUGACGGAAGUGAAGUGCGAAGAACCGGAGCUCAGUUGGUUUGAUUCUGCGACAGCGGGUGACCUGAGGAACUUGAGUCUACAUGUGACUUUGGCCACCAACAACGGCAGCGCAACGUCAUUGCUGGACUCCACCAGCGGCGACGAGCGCAGCACGGCACUGCAUCUCUCAGCGCAGCAGGGCCACGUCGAGGCGUGUCGCUGGCUGCUGGCGGCUCGGGCGGAAGCCCAGGCGAUCACUCGCAAGAAAGCCACGGCGCUUCAUUUGGCGGCGCAAGAAGGGCACCUCGAGGUCCUACAGCUUCUACUAGAGCCUCAGCACCCAGAGCUCCUUGACCUGAACCGCGACGCGUGGCCCACAGCGCUGGCCGUGGACCUGUGGCGCUGCAGCCCGUUGCACCGCGCGGCGGAGCGCGGGAGGAGCGAGGUCGCCUGCUAUUUGUUGACCAAGAAGGCCGAUCCCCAGAAGGCGGACCGGGAAGGCAACUCCCCGUUGCAUUUCGCGUGCGCCUCGGGGUGUGCCCCGUUGGUGGCGGAGCUAUUGAAACGGAAGGUUCCACUGGACUUUGCCAAUAACGAUGGCUACUCCCCACUGGACCUCUGCGUUCGAAAGAAGCAGCCGGAAGUUGGAGAUCAGUUGGUGGCGGCAGGGGCCAAGAUGGUCAAGGACGUCAAGAAGACUCCGCCCUCGAUGUUAGUGGCGGCUGCCUCUGGGCUUCCCUUCUACUGCAGCUACAUCUUUAAGUCAGAUGAGAGAGUGCUGAAGAAAGAGCUCCUGACGCUGGACUCUGCCGGCCGCAGUCCCCUGCUGCUGGCUAUCCAGCUAGGACACCAGGCGGUGGUGGAACGCUUGUUGGACCACCCGUUGUGCACAGAAGACCUGCAAAAAGUCGUGGCCUCAUGCGGCUUGGCGCCACUGCACCAGGCAGCGCAAGCCGGCAGGAUGGAGAUUUUGCAGAUGUUGCUGCGGCGGAAAGCGCAGGUGGACCAAGUGGAUGCCUCUGGCAGCACGGCGUUAUUCCACGCAGCUGAAGCACAGCAGCUGGAGAUGCUACAGUAUUUGCUGAGUCAGGGCCUCCGCCCGGAGCAGUGCAACGACAGUGAGAAAACCGCGCUGCACGCGGCGGCGCAGCAGGGCACGCUGGAGGCCUGUCGAGCCCUGCUGGCGGCGGCGACAUCGGAGGUGCUGAUCAAGAGUCAGGAUUGGGAAGGUGCCACUGCAGUGCACUUGGGCAUCAAGGGCGGCCAUGCUGAAGUGUGCCGCUUUUUGAUGGAAGCAAGGGCUGAUCCCCAAGAAGCUUUAGACUUUGGAGUGACACCUCUGCAACUGGCCGCGGAGGGUCACCAGGAGGUCCUUCGGCUGCUGCUGUCGGACCUGGCUGGCGAUGGCGAAGCGUUGCGCCGGGCGCUGGCGGGACGUCAGGGGGAUGGCCGCGGCGCGUGGCUGGUGGCCUGCAGUAAUGGUCAGUUGCUGUGCGCGCGAGAGUUGCGAGAUGCGGCGGAGGCGCAGGGUAUUGACUUGUCGAAGGAAGAAGACAGGACCAAGCGAAAAGCCAUGACCUUGGCCGCACUGGGCGGACACCUGGAGAUGUGCAAAUGGCUCUUAGAAACUGGUUCCGAUGUCAAAGAACGUGACAGCUGUCAAUGGACUCCCUUGCAUGCAGCCAGCGCGGAAGGGCACACCGAGGUGGUCGAAUGGUUGCUCAAACAAGGCGCGGACGUCAGCGCCGUGGACGAGGACGGCCACACGGCGCAUCACUUGGCGCGGCGCCGCGGCUGCGCCGCUGUGGAGGAAGAAAUGCAGGAAGUGGAACUUGACGGGUUGAAGGAAG